AAACCCUAGCCAAGAUUCUCUUCUUCUUCUUCAUCACCAUAGCUACUGCAUAAGCUUAAACCCUGAAAUUCCCCACCGACCGCCAUCCUCAUCGGCGUCCAACUUCCGGCGCUCGCGCAGCCUCUCUCCGAGCUGUUCCUACGACAUGGACGGGGAUGAUUUCGGCGAGGAGACGUCCCGGCGGGUUCAAGUCCGGUUCGUCACGAAGCUGCAGCCCCCGUUGAAGGUCCCUCCCGCUUCCAUCGCGAUCCCCGCUAAUCUCACCAGGCUGGGCCUCUCCACCGUCGUCAACAAUCUCAUCCAAUCCGGGGAUCCGGAUUGGAACCCGGAACCGUUUGAUUUUUUGAUCGAUGGCGAGCUCAUUCGGAUGUCGCUCGAACAGUUUCUUCUCGCCAAAGGGAUAUCUGCGGAGAAGGUAUUGGAGAUAGAGUACAUUAGAGCUGUAGCCCCACGAAAAGAGGAAGAUGCAUCUGAACAUGAGGAUUGGGUUAGUGCAGUUGAUGGGUCUAAUCCUAGGUUCAUUUUGACAGGAUGUUAUGAUGGUUUAGGAAGGGUAUGGGAUGCUCCCGGAUCAUGCAGUCAUAUAUUAGGAGGACACAGUGAUGCAAUUACUUCUGUCAGUGUCAUCGAUCAAGAAGGAGCUGAGAGUGUUUGUGUGGCAACUGCAUCAAAAGACAGGACACUAAGGUUGUGGAAGAUUCAUACCGAGGCAUCUCUUAAUUCUUCUGCGAUGAUGAGGGCAUUUAAGAUUCUGCGGGGGCAUAAAUCAUCAGUGCAAAGUGUUUCAGCGAGUUCUGCUGGAGACAUGAUUUGUUCUGGUUCUUGGGAUUGUACUAUUAAUUUGUGGAACACGAAGGAGUUGGCUGCAGACAACAAUCCUGUAACAGUCAAGAAGAGAAAAGUUAAUAAUCAAGUUGAGGAAUCUCAAAUGGAGGAGGAAGCUGUGUCUACACUUGUAGGCCAUACACAAUGUGUAUCUUCAGUGAUUUGGCCACAAGCGGAGACAAUUUAUUCUGCUUCAUGGGAUCACUCUGUGAGACGGUGGGAUGUCGAGACUGGCAAAGAUAUGUUGAACAUUUUCUGUGGGAAAGUCCUCAAUUGCCUUGAUGUUGGAGGUGAAGGCUCUGCUUUGAUUGCUGCUGGAGGUUCUGAUCCUAUUCUUAGGAUAUGGGAUCCUCGCAAACCAGCAAGUUCGGCCCCCAUCUUCCAGUUUUCCUCGCACACUUCUUGGAUAUCAGCUUGCAAGUGGCACGAUAAAUCUUGGUUUCAUCUACUUUCUGCGUCCUAUGAUGGGAAAAUAAUGCUAUGGGACUUGAGAACUGCUUGGCCUCUAGCUGUCAUUGACUCUCACAAAGAUAAGGUAUUUUGUGCGGACUGGUGGAGAGGUGAUUGUGUGGUUAGUGGUGGGAUGGACUCAAAACUGCGGAUUUCUUCGGGGAUACCUAUCUAAUGAGGUCUUUGAUAUAAUCAUGAGACCAUCUGGUGAAAUGCUGGAAUCGUGCUUCUAAUGAUUGCUACCGUGCUUGUAAAUCAACACCAUUUUGCCGAUGUUUCUAGCAAUUUAUAUGAGAGCUCGAUUGGGAUUCAGGAAUUCGAGUAAUCAUCUGAAGUCCAAAUCUAAAAGUUAUUUAUCAACAGUUCUUCAAGUUAUCCAGCUUUGGUUUGCAAAAACCAAGAUUUGCCUUUAUGAUAGGCAAUACAUGGAGAUUUUCUGCGAGCAAACAUCAUGGAUCUGCGAGCCUUGACCAAUUGAAGACAAUCUGUAACCCUUGAAAAUGUAUUAUUUGAUUGAAUUGUUGCAAAGGAUAGCUGGAUGUAUAUGCAUCCAAUGCGUAAGCACGUGCGAGUAUGCUCUUUAGUUCUUCACAUGUUCUAUUGUGUUUCAGACAACAAUUUGGUAAUUGCAUCCUGGGUAACGUUUGUUACGUAAACUUUCAGUAGGCUGGUUUGCCUUUAGUAAGUCAAUUUUAGGUGAAUUUUGUUAGUACAUGUAACAGCUGUUCUUGUCGCAUAAUCUUUGCUCUUGCUUUUCCCCUC